UAUUUGUAAAGAAAAGUACUAUUCAUCAUCAUCACUAUUGCAGUGAUAUUAUCAUUUUUCUGACUCCGGGUCUUAGAAUAUGUUUCAUAAUGGGGUGAUGAGGCCUUGGGCUACGGAGAAUUCCGCACAGGGAUACGCCCGUGACGUCAGGCGCCACUUCGCCGAGAACUGGCAGAGGGAUCUGCACGGCUAGGCACGUCUCUCCGCAUCUCUCACUAGUAUCUGCUGCCCUGCUCUACACAUCUCUCCCCAGUACCUGCACAUCUCUCCCCAGUACCUGCACAUCUCUCCCCAGUACCUGCACAUCUCUCCCCAGUACCACAUACCACAUCUCUCCCCAGUACCUGCACGCCUCUCCCCAGUACCUGCACAUCUCUCUCCAGUAUCUCUCCGGGUAUUUACACGUCUCCAGUUGUGCGCCCCAAAUGUAAGACACGGCGAUCGGUACAUUACCGUGAUGAGUAUGACCUUGCAGUGACCUGGCGAGUACGACCUGGAUCUCCCCCAAAACACGUCGAUGCCGGCCAAGAGCCCUUGCCACAGACUGAUACUAGUGAUAGAGCAAGUAGCUGAUGCCAGCCUGGAAAUAGAGGAGCUGAAGCCGGACCUGGUGUUCUUGCAGGAGGAGUUCUGCCACGGGAGGACGGACGCCCCCCUCCCCCCGCCUCAUGGAGGAAAUCUCGCGAGACUUGGGCAGACGAAGCGAAACACCAGCAAACAGGGUGCGGCAAGACCUGAGGAGCGGUUUGACACCGAGCGAAUGCCCCGGGCCAGCAGACAGUUAUACCUAUCAGCGACCGAGCAGGUACUCGAGCUCCUAUCCCACAUUGAAAGAAGUUCGAGUGCUCAAGCUGCUCGAAUCAUUCGGCAGUGGCACUCAGCCCCCCUCCCCACUCGUCAACAGGCCAGGAUCCCGGCAGACAACGAUGCAUUUAGCAGAGAGGGGAACACGGGGCAGGGAAGUUGCUGUUGGACUUGGAAUCUCCAGACAUCAUUUCAGCAUUAAAGGAGUUGAAGGACCAGUUCCUCCGGCGACUUUUCCCCCAAUCACAGCUAGCAGCAACACAAGGAAGCACCAAGAGAGAUAACUGGUCAGUCGCAGACACUCCAUGUGCCAAGUAUCAGGCGGGCCUCUGCACCUUGUCAGGAGAUCACGUGGGGCAGUAUGGCGACAUCCUUGUGCACAAGUGUAAGUACUGCCCAGAGUCACGUCCUGAUGUAUCCGCACUUCAUCCAGCAAAGGACUGUCCCUACAAAGAAAAAGCUAAGAGGGACGAAUACCAGGCUGCAAAAACCCUUUAGUAGUGGCUAGACUGCAUCAAACACGACACGGCAAGAACAUUCAUGAACAUAGCAUCUUAUAUUUCAUGUUUCCUGUUCGCUGUUUCCCGAACCUUUAGAAUAUCAUGCCCCCCCUCCACCGACGGUUACGCAUCACAACGCUGACUGCGGCUCUCCUCACCUGACGAACCUUAGCGCAUCCUCGACACAGUCUCCUCUGCACCACACGUCUCCGGGGCAGGACUCCUGGGCGGCGAGUAGUGAAAAGUUCCAAGUAUGUACCGGGCAUCCCAGCACCGCAGUUCUCUCAGCUUGUCUGGAGCGUCUUGCUGGUGACCUCGACAUCACCACAGCCGACAUUACCUUCCCCGAUUACCUUCCCCACGUUGCACCGCCUCGGCGGCAUCUGAAGCACCUGAUGGCCUGCCCGCGAUCCUGGAACCUAGAGCAUAUGACACCUUCUCGCUUCACCCCCCCCCCACUCUGCCCAGGG